UUCUUUUCUUUUAUAAAUAAAUCGAAGGGCUGCUUCUCCUGUGGGUUCUAGGGUUUUGGUCGGUGUUCUUAGGGAAGCUCUUCUCGCAUCAAUGGCGGACGAUGACUACAAUGACAUGGAUAUGGGGUAUGAGGACGAGCCCCCAGAACCUGAGAUUGAGGAAGGAGCAGAGGAGGAUGUUGAAAAUAACAAUGAAGAUGUUCCGGAUACUUUUGUAGGUGCAGAAGGUGAAGAAAAAGAAGAGCAAGAACCAGUUCAACGGCCUCGGAAAACAUCAAAGUACAUGACAAAGUAUGAGAGAGCAAGAAUCUUGGGCACACGUGCACUACAGAUCAGCAUGAAUGCGCCUGUGAUGGUAGAGCUAGAGGGUGAGACUGAUCCAUUGGAGAUCGCAAUGAAGGAACUCAGGCAGCGCAAAAUACCAUUCACCAUCCGCCGAUAUCUACCUGAUGGAAGUUAUGAAGAUUGGGGAGUUGACGAGCUUAUUGUGGAGGACUCAUGGAAGAGACAGGUCGGCGGGGACUGAACAAUUCACCAAUCAUCACAUAACAACAAUGCGGCAGAAACUUUUCUCAUAAUGAUAUAAAAUCCACUUACAACUAUGCAACCAGUUGCUCUAAAAACCAUGCUCAGUUCUUUUCAGAGUUCUGUAUGAUACAGACUCAGUUGUAGUACUGACAACCACUGGUUCAUGAACUAUAUCUGUUAGUAUCAAAUGAGUUGUGGUUUCAUUUGAUUUAUCCGCAGUGUUAUGUGAUGGUUAUGACCUAUUAUUGUUGCUGUUUAAAUGUAGAAGUUGAUGAAAA